UAAUGAAUUUGAGCCGCGUCUCAAAUCCCCCAAAGCCGGUUUUAAUUAAGGGCCGGUUUAAAAAUUGAAUCCAAUUUUAAGUGGGACCAACCAUAUUUGAGCCUCGUCUUAAAUUUAAGCCGCGGAUAAAAUUCUUUAAAUUCGGCCUCAGAACAGAAAAAUGUCUGAUCAUGUACAGACGAAAGUUGAACAAACGACUAAAAAUGAUCCAAAUGAGUCUAAAGAGGGCAACGAUUUUAAUCAAAAAUUAAUUGCUACUACCACACCAGAAACUUAUGAAAGUAAAAAAAAUGUUGAAUUUGAUAAUAUUCCAAACAAUCCUCAUGAGAAGUAUCCAAAAUCAAAACCAGCAAAUGUGGAUUUUAAGGACAAUAUCAAGCAAAGUGUAGCGAAAAGAUUGCGAAGAAAAAAGAAGGAUAAAAAUCAUGAAAGUGAAACACCUCGUUUAACCAAUUUAGAAUCCAACAUUGACCUUGCUGAAACGUCUCUGCAAUUAACCACGACCAAAUCAAUCAUUGAUGAAACCUCCAGCAAAAGAGAAUCUAAAACUCAUGAAGAGAGGAUUCAAGAUUACCAGGAUGAUGCAAUCUACAAUCUAGUUUCUCAAAAUAUAACUGCAGAAGGAGGUCUCCAACAAGAUGAUUUAUUACCUGGAAAUAGUUCAAGGGUUAAAGAAGAAAGUUAUUUAGCAGCUGAAAUGAAGGUUCUAAAGCAAGGAAUGAACUUUAUCAUGAAACAGGUUGCAUCAUUGGGUACAAUGAUUUAUACAAAUAUUCACGAGAUUAAUCAAAUGUUGAAGAAUAAUAUUGAAAGUGCUCUUCAAUCGGGAGAAAGAAGAAAAGAUCUUUAUGUUAUUGAAGCCCAAAACAACCAUUCCGGAUUUGAAGCUAAAUUUCAUGAGUACAGAAAUAAUCAAACAGGUUCCGAAGAAAAUGACGAACCGAGAACACCUUCGAUUAAAGCUGCAACAAGUGUAGAUAUUAUACAGAAAGAUGGUGUUGUUACUCAUCUAAGAAAAGGGGAAAUAAAAACGGACAAACUUGAAAAUAUUACUAUUGUCACCAAAGAUAAAUUAAAUAAAUUAGUUAAUUAAUUAAUUAAUUGAUCUAUAUUAGCUGUGUGUAGAUUAGAAUAAAGAAAUACAAAUAAACCAG